CUUCAACUAAUUCCAAACCCAUGAACCCAUCACUCCCCAACGCCACUACCUCCAUGACCCUUUGCCAUUUCCUUCAAUAGCAUUUUUCAUUUUCUCUAUUUUUUCUUCCCUUCUCAGUAAUGGAUCCUUGCCCCUUCGUCCGCCUCACCGUCGGCAACCUUGCACUCAAGAUUCCCGUUGCUUCCAAACCUGCUCGCUCCCUUGUUCAUCCUUCCUCUUCUCCAUGUUUCUGCAAAAUCAAACUCAAGAAUUUUCCAGUACAGUCCGCCGUCGUUCCCUUUAUUCCACCGGAGAGUAACGUCCCGGAUAACCAGGUUCAGCCAAUCGCUGCCACGUUUCACCUCGGAAAGCUCGAUCUCGACCGUCUCGCUGGGAAAUCCAUCUUCGCUGGCAAGCUCUGCCUUAAAAUCUCGAUCUACACCGGCCGGAGAGGCACCACCUGCGGCGUCAACGCUGGGAGGCUGCUAGGAAAAGUUUCUGUCCCGCUCGACCAACUGGCCGGAACGGUGUCGAAGGCCACCGUGUUCCACAGCGGGUGGAUCAGUGUGGGAAAGGAAGCCAAAGGCUCUACCGCGCAGUUCCAUCUGAAUGUGAAGGCUGAACCCGAUCCUAGGUUCGUUUUCCAAUUCGACGGCGAACCAGAAUGCAGCCCGCAAGUUUUUCAGAUCCAAGGCAACAUUUCACAACCUGUCUUCACCUGCAAGUUUAGCUUUAGAAACACCGGCGACCGAAAUCAACGGUCCAGGUCGUUACAGUCGGAGGCGGGAAGUUCUAGAAGCUGGUUGAGCUCGUUUGGGAGUGAGAGAGAACGGCCUGGGAAGGAGCGUAAGGGAUGGUCGAUAACGGUUCAUGAUCUCUCCGGUUCGCCAGUCGCGGCAGCUUCAAUGGUCACGCCGUUCGUCGCUUCGCCCGGUUCGGACCGGGUAAGCUGUUCAAACCCCGGUUCGUGGCUCAUCCUUCGGCCCGGUGAUGGUACGUGGAAGCCGUGGGGGAGACUCGAGGCGUGGCGCGAGCGCGGCGGCUCCGACGGCCUCGGUUAUCGAUUCGAGCUUAUUCCAGACACGAACGGCGGCAUGAGCGCUGCCGGAAUAGUCCUUGCCGAGUCAACGCUUAGUUCAAACAAGGGAGGGAAGUUCGUCAUCGAUUUAAGCUCGCGCGUCGGGUCCGGCGGUUCCAACGGUCGCGCCACGCCGGGGAGCGCGACGUCGCCGGUGUGCAGCCCGAGGAGUAGCGGCGACUAUGGUUACGGGCUUUGGCCUUAUUGCAUGUACAGAGGGUUCGUGAUGUCGGCGAGCGUGGAGGGUGAAGGGAGGUGCAGCAAGCCAACGGUGGAGGUUAGCGUUCCGCACGUGAACUGCACGGAGGAUGCAGCGGCGUUCGUGGCGUUGGCCGCUGCCGUUGAUCUGAGCGUGGAUGCCUGCAGGCUUUUCUCUCAGCGGCUGAGGAAGGAGCUGUGCCAGCAAAUGGAGUCGCUUGGCUGAUUCCGCAUUGCGCUGUCGUUUCGUGCUUUUGCCCCCUGUCGUUGUGGCUUUUUUCUUUGAUUUUCUCUCCCUUUUUUUUCGUCAAUUAUGGGAAAUCAAGAAAAAGCUUUUUUAUUUUUUUUUUCUUGUUAUUACGUAUAUGUAAUUUUUGCACAACUCUUGAACUGACUCAUCACUCACGUGUGUCAUAGUCUUCUAUU